AUGGACGAACUUAGUCAAAAACUCCAAGGGCUAUCCUCAUCUCCUUGCUGUACGACAAAGCUACUAUCGGCCAAACACGUGGCUGGGCUUUUAACUAGUACCUGUGCUGUCAGUAUGGUAUAGCGUGCCUUCUAUGUAUAUACUACUGGCACCCAGUUGGCAGCUUAUGAAUAUUACGCAGUUAAUCCGCCGUGGCUGAAGGACUUCAGCCAAAUAUUCAUGUUAAGUUUCAGCCAGCACUUUUAACUCCCAAAUGGACUGAUUUACUACAAUUUAACGAUUAAUUCCUGAGGAAAUUAAAUUCCAUAACUGGAGUAUCUACCAGAACAGCAUACAGGGUACGCCGGGGAACCCAGUGAUGAACCGAACCCUCUUAUAGUUGUGUCAUGCGGCGGCAGAAUAUCGGCGAGACACGCGUCUGGACUUUUAGCUAGUACCUGUGCCGUCGCCCCACUCGUCGUCACCAGACUGGCAGGGUGAGUCCGCUCACUCUGGCAGCCUGGAAUGUUCGUUCCCUUUUAGACAAUCCGCGGAGCAACCGACCGGAAAGGAGGACAGCGUUAGUGGCACGAGAACUGGCGCGCUACAAGGUGGACAUCGCCGCACUCAGCGAGACCCGAUUCUCCGAACAAGGCCAACUGGAGGAGGUGGGUGCCGGCUACACCUUCUUCUGGAGCGGUCGACCCAGGGCAGAGCGACGGGACGCGGGUGUCGCCUUCGCCAUUCGGAACGACAUCGUGGGACGACUGCCCUGUUUGCCGCAGGGCAUCAACGAUCGUCUGAUGAGCCUCCGCCUGCCUCUCCGGCGGGGGCGCCAAUUCGCCACCAUCAUCAGCGCCUACGCUCCGACCAUGACCAACCCCGACGCCGUCAGAGACAAAUUCUACGAGGACCUGCACGCCCUCUUGGCGACUGUGCCGAUGGCGGACAAGUUGGUUGUCCUUGGCGACUUCAACGCCCGCGUCGGCACAGACCAUACUGCCUGGAGAGGAGUGCUGGGUCCCCACGGUCUCCGCGGCUCAAACGACAAUGGUCUGCUGCUGCUCCGCACCUGCGCAGAACACCGCCUUAUCCUGACAAACACGUUCUUCUGUCUGCCGGAGCGAGAGAAGGCCACUUGGAGGCAUCCUCGGUCGCGUCAGUGGCACCUGCUGGACUAUGUCCUCGUCCGAAGGCGUGACCAGCGGGACGUGCUGGUGACGAAGGCGAUCGCGGGUGCUGACGGGUGGACCGACCAUCGCCUCGUCAUCUCGAAGAUGCGUCUUCGCCUACAGCCUCGCAGGAGACCUCAAGGUAAGCGACCCCCAGGUAAGUUGAAUGUUGCCUUGUUGUCCUUGCCCGCUCACCAUCUCCAUUUCAGCAAUGAGCUAGCUCAACGGCUAGACAACCUCCCCAUCGCCGAUGCCGCCGCUGCCGAAAACGCCUCCGUGGAGAACCGCUGGUGUCAACUGCGAGACACGGUCCAGGCGACGGCGCUCACCGUCCUCGGUCGCGCUCCCCGCCAACACCAGGACUGGUUCGACGACAACGACGCCGCCAUCAGAAAUCUGCUUGCUGAGAAGAACCGCCUACACAAAGCCUACGUCGAUCACCCCACUGACGACAACAAAGCUGCUUUCUACCGCAGUCGCCGCCACCUCCAGCAGCGACUGCGCGAGAUGCAGGACGCCUGGACUGCUCGCAAAGCUGAGGAGUUUCAAGGCUACGCGGACCGCAACGAAUGGAAGAACUUCUUCUCUGUGAUCAAAGCUGUCUACGGUCCGCCGACAAAGGGCACUGCUCCUCUCCUCAGCGCCGACGGCAGUACUCUCCUGACUGAGAAGACGCAAAUCCUUCAGCGAUGGGCCGAGCAUUUCCGAGGCGUCCUAAACCGCCCUUCCGCCAUCUCCGACGCCGCCAUCACGCGUUUGCCGCAAAUCGAGACCAACGCGGACCUAGACCUCCCGCCAUCUCUCCAGGAAAUCGUCAGGGCCGUGCAGCAGCUCUCCAGCGGGAAAGCACCCGGAUCGGACGCAAUCCCUACUGAGGUCUACAAGCACGGAGGUCCCCAACUCAUGGAUCACCUGACUGCGCUCUUCCAGGAGAUGUGGCGUCAAGGUGAAGUCCCGCAAGAUUUCAAGGACGCAACAAUCGUGCACCUAUACAAGCGAAAAGGGAAUCGCCAAGUCUGCGACAAUCACCGUGGCAUCUCCUUGCUGAACAUCGCCGGGAAGAUCUUCGCUCGCAUCCUUCUCAACCGCCUCAAUAACCACCUGGAACAGCGCCUUCUGCCGGAAAGCCAGUGCGGCUUCCGUCGUCAUCGUGGGACCACGGAUAUGAUCUUCGCCGCCCGCCAACUUCAGGAGAAGUGUCAGGAGAUGCGGACCCACCUGUACUCUACCUUCGUGGACCUGACCAAAGCCUUCGACACGGUGAAUCGUGAAGGACUGUGGAAGAUCAUGCAGAAAUUCGGCUGUCCAGAGCGAUUCACUCAGAUGGUGCGUCAGCUGCACGACGGUAUGAUGGCGCGAGUCACGGACAACGAAGCUGUCUCAGAGGCAUUCGCAGUGAUUAACGGAGUGAAACAGGGAUGCGUGCUGGCACCAACCCUCUUCAGUCUUAUGUUCUCUGCCUUCGCACAUCUCCGACCGCGACACAACAACCGGCACCACCCCCGCCUCUCCUGACUCCAGCAAUGAGAAUCAGGACUACACCUGUCCUCACUGCGACCGCACCUUCACCUCACACAUCGGCCUGGUCGGUCACUUGCGAAUCCAUCGCACAGAGACCGGCGAAUCAGUGCCUGAAGCACCAACCUACACCCACCGCACGCGCCUCCACUGCCCACACUGCCCUCGCACCUUCACGCAUCGCAUGGGUCUAUUCGGCCACAUGCGCAUCCACGAGAGCGGAAUCGACCACAAUUCCGACACACAAACCACGCCCAGCACCACCCUCGCACCGUCCAUCUGCGCCACCACCAACGCCUCCUCUGUAGCUGAUUCUGACACCGCCGACUUCACGUGCCCACACUGUCCACGCACACUCACCUCACGCAUCGGCCUGGUCGGUCACUUGCGAAUCCAUCGCACAGAGACCGGAGAACCAGUGCCUGGAGCACCAACCUACACCCACCAAGCUCGUCUCAACUGUCCACACUGUCCUCGCACUUUCAGGCACCGCAUGGGCCUAUUCGGCCACAUGCGCAUCCACGACGACCUGCGGUAG